AUGAACCCCAGCGCGAGUAGAGAGCACAUCAUCUCCAUUCAGUCCCAUGUAAUUGAUGGGUUUUGCGGAAACAACAUCGCUUCCUUCGUGUUGAGGCGGAGGGGGCACGCCCCCAAAAUCUUCAACACGGUUCAGUACUACUCCAAGUACAGGCACCUGGGGGUUGAGAUGAAGCACGAGGAGAUGCAAAUCAUUUUGGGCGCUCUAAAGGAGGACCUGGCGGCGGGGGGUGCCAACCGCGGUAGAAGCAACUGCGGAAGUGGCAUCGGCGGAAGUGGAAACCGCGGACGUGGCGUGUACUUCCUGACGGGCUACAUAAAAACGAAGGAGUGCGUCGAAGCGGUGAUGAGCCACAUCUGGGAGCUGAAAAAUGAGCACCGUGAAAAAAGGGCCACCCAGAUGGACCCUCAAGUGGAGGAGGCCCCCCAGGCGACAGAAGAAAAAGCGGACGGAAAUGCUUCUCAACGAAAUAGCGGCAACCCCUGUGCAGAUGAUUCUUCCUUCGAAAAAUUACAAAGCGUAGACUACCUCUGGAUUUGCGACCCAGUAAUGGGAGACAACGGAAGGCUAUACGUCGAUAAGGAUGUAGUGCUUGCGUAUAAAAAGUGCAUUCCCUUUGUGGACAUAAUGACCCCCAACCAGUUUGAGCUAGAGUUACUAUGUGAUAGGAAAAUAAAUAAUGAGAAUGACGUAACCUCGUGUGUUCGUUUUUUACUAAACAGGGGAGUCCAGUUAGUCGUUGUAACCUCUGUUCAGUACCUAUUCGAUGAGGACCACCUGUAUUUAUAUGUUGGGUACUUAGACAGCCAAGGAGAGCUGGUCGCCUUUAAGUAUAAAAUAUUUAGAUUCGACUUUGACGUGUGUGGCUCUGGCGAUUUGUUCGCGGCCCUGCUGCUCUCCUUCGUCGUUAGGCACCGCGGAAAUGUCCUGCUGAUCGUUUCGAAGGUUUUGAACAUCGUACAUAAUGUGAUAAAGAACAGCCUAAGCGCCGGGGAACUGAACAUAAUAGAGAACCAAGAUAUAAUCGCCAGCGACGGGCUUUGUGGCAACUUCAUUAAGGCGGAGCCCGUUUGUGCAGCCCAUCCCACCCCCUAA